CUGGUAUUUUUCGGAAACGUUAAUUUUAUUCUUAGCUCCUGGCAAUUGCUGUCAAUAUGCAGUCUACUGGAUGUAAUGGCGUCCUCUGGCUGCGGCAAUGCGUCCUGCAUGCCAGGCGACAGUACGCCGCCAGUGCAAACGUAACUGCCACCGGCAACAGGACAAAAGGAGAACAUUUGCCGCCAGCGACGCCAACGAAAUCCCUCGAGAAGAUGCGUGGAUGGCAGCUGCACAGCUACGGCGAUAUCGAUGAGCUGCUGCUGUCCGACAAACUCAAGAUACCCCAGAUACGGAGAUCCAAUGAAUGCCUGGUGCGUUUGCGGACGACGGCUGUGAAUCCCAUCGAUCUUGCCAUGCUCCGUGGCUAUGGAGCCACAGUGCUGAACAAACUACGCUGCCAGCCGGGCGAUGGCAUCGAGUUUCCGCUCACAUUGGGCCGCGAAUUCUGUGGCGAACUGGUGCAGAAGGGCAUGGGCGUGACAUCCGAUGCACUCAAGCUGGGAGCGCGUGUAUGGGGCGUGGUGCCGGUGCAGGCCAGUCCUGGUGCUCAUGCUGAGUAUGUGGCUGUCCCAUCGUACUGUCUGUCGCCGGCGCCCAAACAGCUAGACGAUAGCGAGGCAGCCAGCGUGCUGUAUGCGGGUCUGACCGCCUGGUCGGGACUCUACAUAACUGGCGGUCUGGGUGGUGCGUGUGGUGCCACCACAGCGGCUGGUGGUGGCGCGCAUAAGCGCAUACUGGUCUUGGGCGGCUCCGGUGGUGUUGGCACCCUGGCCAUACAAAUACUCAAGUCGCAGGGCGCUCAAGUGCUCGCCACCUGCAGUGAGAAUGCCGUGGAAAUGGUGCGCUGCCUGGGCGCCGAUUUCGUUGUGGACUACAAGAACAGCGAGGCCAUGGACGAGCUGUGCAAGUUUGCGCCCUACGACAUUGUCUUGGACUGUGCCGGACAUGGGGGAGCGCAUGCAGCGGAAUUGAAAUUUGAUUACCGGCAGUACAUUACCUUCUCCUCGCCACUGCUGGCCAACAUUGAUCAGCAGGGCCUAGGCCUGGGUGCAAUCAAGAAUGUGGUGGACUUGGUGCAGACCAAUGUGAAAUCCCUCACGCAGCGCGGUGGACUGGUCAAGUGGGGCUUCUUCAAUCCUGCUCCGCAUGGCAUUGCAUUCUUGGAGCAGCUGGUGCGGCAGCGAAAGUUGAUGCCACUAAUUGACAGCACAUUCGGCUUUGAGGAAAUGCCAAAGGCCUUUGAGCGCAUGAAGUGCGGACAUUUGCGGGGCAAGAUUGUGGUGAAGCUUUGAGGCGUGGCAACAUGCGAUUGACUGAUUGUUAUUGCUGUUUCAUUAAACAUUUUUUCUGUUAG